GAAAGAGAAACAGGCAGUGGUGAGCGAGCGUUUACAAGUGGCGGACGGCUAUUCUCUACCCCUACGCUUUCUUUCUCUCCCCCUGUGGUAUUUAUGAGGAUAUUCGGCCCCUGAGUGCAUCCCAGCGUGUGGCGGGGGAAUUAAACCAAGGGAUACUUCAGGGGCCUGGUUUCCCUGUGGUUAUUUGUGGCCCCUGUGUGAGGAAUUGCGAUCUGUGAGUGUGUUGGCUGGGCGGAGGGAGACUGGCUGGGUUUGAGUGAGACCCCUCUUGACUCAGCCACGCUAAGCCAAGCCAGGCGCCCGCAACCAACGCCCACCCACCACUUGCUUCCCUGCGCCUCUCCUCGUCUUUAACAGCAGCUACAGGAUGAGUGAGGUACAGCAGGAGCAGGCCGCCCCCGCCCCGGCCAAUGGGCUCAACGGCACCGCCACACAGGAGGAGGAGGUGCGGCUCAUGACGGAGGAGGAGCUGGAGAGGGAGAAGAUGAGGCCCCCGGAUAUUGACCAAGAUAUGAAGGAGAUGGAGCGCCGGAAACGUGUGGAGGCCAUCAUGAACUCCACAAUAUUCCGAGAGGAGCUGGAGAAGAUAGUGGAGAGCCAGCUGACGGAGGGCUACUCAGGAUACCAGGCCAUCCAGAACAUCUCCGAAAUGAUGGGCAUCCCUUGCUCUCGUGUCAACACCUUCAGAAGCAUGAGCAGCGUUAUCCCGAUCAACGACAUCCGCGGAAUGGAGAGCCUCAACUUUGUCAAGGGUGAGAAGCUGCUCCGUUGCAAGCUGGCCUCCGUCUACCGACUCAUCGACAUGCAUGGCUGGACUCAGAGCAUCUAUAAUCACGUCACGGCCCGCAUCAGUCAGGACACCGAACACUUCCUGCUCAAUCCAUUCGGCAUGCUGUACCACGAGGUGACGGCCUCCUCCCUCGUCAAGGUGGACAUGCAGGGGAACAUCGUCGAGAGUGGAUCCACCAACUUCGGAGUCAGUGUGGCCGGGUUCAUGCUCCACUCGGCCAUCCACGCUGCUCGGCCUGACAUUAAGUGCAUCAUCCACCUCCACCAUCCAGCUGUUGUGGCGGUGUCCGCCUUGAAGCAGGGUCUGAUGUCACUGUCCCAGGAGUCACUGCUUAUUGGUGACAUCUCCUACCACGAGUACCAGGGCAUCUUUGUCAACCAAGAGGAGAGAGACAAGCUGGCACGCAAUCUUGGGCCCAUCAACAAGGUGAUGCUGCUGCGUAACCACGGUGUUGUGUGCUGCGGCGAGACCAUCGAGGAGGCCUGGUACAACACCUACCACACCAUCCUGGCCUGCGAGACACAGAUGCGCAUGGCUCCUCUGGGCCUGGACAACCUGAUCACAGUGACGGAUGAAGCUCGCCACUCUGCCUUUGAGGUGGCUCGGCGCGGCGCUGGUGGUGUCGACAGCAAGCAGGAGGGCGGACCAACAGGCCAGGGACCAAAGGAGCGCAAGUGGAAGGUUGGGGAGCUGGAGUUUGAGGCUCUGAUGAGGUCAAUGGACAACUGUGGCCUGAGGACGGGUUACAUCUACAGGAGGCCUCUGGUGAAGCAGGACACAUCACGUUUCCACAGUGACGUUGCCCUGCCCCCCACCGCCUCCAACUACACACAUCUCUUUGACGAGGAUGACAUUACCAGGAGCCCUCUGAAGCGAAUUCUGGAUGGCCGCAAGGUUCAGGACAAGAGUCGGUGGCUGAACUCCCCCAACGUGUACCAGAAGGUUGAGGUGCUGGAGACAGGAACGCCAGACCCCAAGAAAAUUACCAAGUGGGUGGCCGACAGCUCCCCCACUCACUCCACCUCCACACCCGUCAAAUUGGAGUCAGCACUUCAGUUCGUGCCUCCUAACACCAACCCCAAGGAAUUCAAGACUGUGCAGAAGAUGAUCAAGGAGAACCGAAGGGUGGGCAACAUCAGCGCUGGGCCAACCUCACACCUGCUGGAGGGUGUGACCUGGGACGAGGCACGGCGCAUGCAGGACGCCAGCAUGUCGGGCGCCUCGGACCAUGUCAUCCUGGUGGGGGCGGCCUCCAAGGGUAUCAUUCAGAGGGACUUCCAGCACAAUGCAGUGGUUUACAAGACUCCCUACGCCAAGAACCCCUUCGAUGCUGUCACUGAUCAGGAGCUGGAGGAGUACAAGGACCUGGUGGAGCGCAAGCAGCGAGGAGAUCCCAUUGAGGAGAUUGAGAUAGAGAAGAUGAACAUUGUGCCGGAGCGAGCCACAGUGGAUGUUGUAGAUGACCACCAGCAGGAGCAGCAUGCCGAACGCACCGCCAUGGACCCCACCAGCCCCAUGUCGGACCAGGAAGCCACCAGCACCACGGUUCUCAAGGUCGAAACUAAGCAAACGCCCAGAGCAAGACAAGCACAGGCGGUGGUUCUUAGUGAUGAUGGAGAGAAAGUUGUGCGCCAAAAGCCAAGCCUUCCUCCCAAACCCAACAUUCCGAAGAAGCCUGUGGGAGGCCCCGGGGUGCCGGUUGGGCCUCCCCAGCGAGUCCAGGCCACCAUGAGAACGCUGCCAUCAAGAGACGGUUCCCUCACCCCAGACCCGCAGCAGACCCCCCCAUCAGGGCCUGUGGCUGUGACUCCCCCUCCCGCCUCCAACACCCUGCCCCGCUCCCCCUCAGCCCUGGCGGGGGGGGAGGAGGGCCGCACCAACUCCCUGACCCGAGGCAUUCAGAAGAUGCUGAGAGCCGCCUCCCGCUCCAAGGAGGAGGCCGGGCCGGAGUCAGAGUCCAGCCCGCCCCUGGAGCGCUCCAAGUCAGCGUUCUAUAAGAAAGAAGUGGCGGCCGAGAAGCGCUCCGCUCUGCAGCGCCGCUCUUGGUCCCUCACUCGGAAAGGGGAGACUGUGGCGAAUGGUGAUGAUGACGCACACCACAGCACACUCUCCCACAGCAGUAAAGAGGGUUCCCCCACCAAGGACACCUCCCUCACAGACGACUCCAUUUCCAAGGACAAGAAGAAGAAGAAGAAGGGACUGCGUACACCCAGCUUCCUCAAGAAGAAGAAGGACAAGAAGAAGGAGAAGGAGGCUGCCCAUCAUUAGUUUUCUGGACCCUCCCCAUCUUUACUAACUCCCAUCUCUGGUAGACCAAUGCUGACACUGCCAGAACCUGUACUGUAGAUAGCUAACAAGAGGAAUGUGUGCUGGGAGUCCUUGUGUGGUGCUGGUGAGAGGCUGCUGUGCUACUGCUGCUGCUGCUGCCACUGCUGCUGCUGCUGUCACUGUUUAUCGGAUCCAAGACUACUGACGUUAUUUUAUUGGUCGGCACGUCAGCAAAUCAGCUUUAUUUUUCACUUUUUUUCUUGAUUUUUUAAUUUUGUUAUUAUUACUUUUCUUGUCUCUAAAGAUAAGGCAAUAUUAAGAAUUAAAAUCUGCUUUGUUGCAUAAUUUUUAGGAUUUGUAGUUGUAGGACUUUGCCAGUGUAUAUUUUUUUGUCUUUUUAUUUUGUUUUUAUCUUUGUAGUUUAUUUCUCAAUUGACUUGGAAUUUUACUGAAGAAAGGACACAUGUUCUGUACAUUUCUGUGAUGAUGUAUGUGAAAAAUUUUAAUCAUAUUUGUGGGCUCUCUAUGAUUUGGCCGUGUGUGUGUGUGUGUGUGUGUGUGUGUGUGUGUGUGUGUGUGUGUGUGUGUGUGUGUGUGUGUGCACGCAUGUGUGUGUGUGUGUGUAUGUGUUUGGGAUGUUGAGUGGCUGCUGGUUCUUGACACUUAGCUUUCAAUAGAGUGCCUCAUGUCAGGUUUUAGAUGUUGGUGACUCCCACAGCGACACUGUUGAGAUUAAGUGUAUGUCUGUUUGUGUGUCCAAGUGUGUGUGUGUGUGUGUGUGUGUGUGUGUGUUUGAGAGACUUGCGGUUAUGCAAAGCCACAGUGCAAAGGAACAACACACACAGCAGGUGAUGCAUGUAUUUUAAUGGUUGUAUCUUUUAGAAUACCCACCUGUUCCUUGUGUGUCUACAUACUAGUACAGCCGCCAGCCGGGCCACUCUCAACUAACUCCACCUUGAUGAAGUCUGGUAAUGUCGCCGGACCAUUUGAAAAUUUGCCGAAAUCUUUGAGAACUCCUUGAAAGUGAAGUCAGUGGAUCCUGAUGGCGGUGCCCCAGCGAUAACUCUUCUUGGCUUGUGGACUCGGGGCCGUCCCAAGAUGGCUGCCGUUUAUAUUUCUCUGGGGAAGGGAUGAUGAAGGCUUUCCAGUCUCUUCUGUAUUUUUCUUCCUAAGCUCGUCCUUCCAUGGAUAGUUGUCGGAUCAGCAGUCUCUGUUCUCACCCCACAAGUCUCACCAUUUUGUCAUAAAUGGUUCACGCGAAGGGAGACUUUGAGUCGUCUUUCAUCCUCCUGCCCCUUCCACAGGCGCCGAUGACUGGCCGCCGCUGCCACUGCCGCCGCCGCCGCCCUCAUCGGCCGCAAGACGUGAACUGCGCGUUCCGUGAUUUUAGUCGAUUUUUAUUGUAUUGUUUAGUCUGACCUCAACUAUUGGAAGUGGAAGGACUAACCAUGUUAUCACCAGCUGGGGUUUGUCACUCUGCUUAGUCACUCCCGCCCCGCCAAGCUGCCCCUCCCCGCACGUGGCCCCGUGCACUGCCACCCCGAGCCGCGCCUCACCCGAUCCCUGACUCGUCACUCGCCUCGCCGCUGCCCGGGGCACACCGGCGACACCCUCAACACUUGUGGCCUCCGGGAUGUCCUGCAAUGGCUGUCUGCCCGUUGGAGCUCCUGGGAUGGUUUGCUGCCACACCUUGCUAACAAAAUGACCAAAACGACCUGAGCAGUCUUUCAGGAGGCGCCUCGGGGCGGGGAAGGCCGCGGCGGGGCACCAGACCACUCUCUUCAUCCUGUCAAUGCUAGAUGGUGGAGUGUUUUCUAGCAACACUCGUUUGUUUUCCCAUAAAAUUUGUUUUCCUUUUUUUUUACCACAAGCUUAGCACUGUUUUAUAAUACAUAAAUCUGUAUAAUAGCAUCUAAAGGAAUUAUUAUUAUUAUUAUUAUUAUUAUCAUUAUUAUUAUUAUUAUUAUUAUUAUUAUUAUUAUUAUCAUCGUCAUUAUUCAUUAUGGACAUGAUUAUACAGGCAGCUGAUUUUAUCUUUUUUUUUUAAUAAAACAUCCCUAUUUUACAAGUUCUAAGUCAUUAUUCUUUCAUUCCAUCACCUCCUGCCGUUGCUUUCCUCCACUCCUCCUCCACCUCCUCCUCCUCCUCCUCCUCCUCCUCCUCCUCCUCCUCCUCCUGAUGGGAUCGAAGCUUCUUAGUGUAAUGGGUUCAAGGCCGACACUGGCCAAUAAAUUAACACACCGACACAGUUGUAAUUCAACAUCCUUCAGAAUAUUUUUUCUCAUUAGAACUUUUUAUUGAACAUUCUGCUGUACUGAAUAAAAUAAAUAUAUCUUACACA